GGAAUGCAAUGAACACAUGGCCCUGGGCUGUGCUGUGCUUCUGCCAUCAUCCCUGGUACGAUGCCCAGGGGGAGUGGUGACAUCUCAUGGGAUGCAAGAGAUGCUAUGCUAUUGCAUCCCAUGCUUCACCAAAUGGAUGAAGGGAUGCAGUAAUGGGGAGCAGAGCUGGUUAGCUGUCCUUGUGCUACAUGGAAACCCAUGCUGUGGCCACCUGGUGCCACACUGGGCUGCAGCCAGAGGCAGCAUAUCUCCCCAAGCAGUGCUGAAAGCACCGAUAAGAUCAGGGUGUUCUGCACUGUGUGUUCCCAUCGAUGUAUGUGUGCCCUAAACUGAAGUCAUGUUUAUUUCAGUGCAGAUGGAGCUGCUCACAUCUCUCUCUAAUUACCAAUGAGUCAAGUAGCCAGGAAAAAAUUAACAGACAAAAAAGAUAAUUCUUUUAUUUUAGUUUCAGUAACUCUGCUCAUGGAAAAGCUGUGCUGUUACUGCCAGCAGAUGGCUGAGCCUGGGGCUUAAAGCUUUCUGUCCUGACAGCAUCUGGUUGUGGUAGAUCUGUGCUCUGCCAAUGUGUCAAUAAAAGGGUUGAGGAUUCCCCUAUUCCUGUGUGGGCUGGGAGGACAUGGAAGCUUUGCCCAGGUCCCGGACUGCUUCCCAUGUCCCUGCAGAAGGGCUGAGCUCUUUGUGAGUUAUGGGAGGGUUUCCACUGUUCCACCAAUUUGGCUGCAUCUGUGAUGCUGCAUCCCCUCCCAGCUUUCCAAAGCGGCUGCUGGCAGCCAGCAGCACUCUGCAGAGCAGCAGGAACUGCUGCGAUGGGGUCUGGAGAAGGAGGGAAGCACCCAGACACCUCGAGCUGCUGGGCUCGUGCAGCAAUGCAGGGAUCCAUACAUCCUGCACUGCUCCUGGCUCUGCUGUGGCUCCUUGGCAUGCCGACGGCUCAUGGUAAGUACAGCACUGGGAUGCAUGCUGGGCAGCAAUGAGACCUUCCCAGGUCCCCCCAUUCUGCUAAGGGGCUGGGGAUGACAAUACCACCAUCCCCGAGGGCUGCAGCUCAGCCUGCUGCCUUUGUUCAGGGAAAGAUCCUGAGUUGUCCUCCUGGGGAUGGAGUUCUCACCCUACGAGGUCUUCUUGUACCACAGGUGCCUGUGGGCCCCCGCCUCCCAUGACCCACUCCCAGCCCUACGGCGUCGAGCAGCUCAGCAGCUUCCCUGUGGGCUCCAGGGUGACCUACACGUGUCUGCACGGUGCUAUCAGGAUCCCCGGGGCAUUGGACACGGUGCAGUGCCUGCCUGGCUCAUACUGGUCGGAGCUGCGCGAUCCCUGUGGCUUGAGCUGCGCUACCCCGACCUCAAUGCACUUUGCUGCCCUGUCCGAGGUGGAUGAGAUGAUCAAUUUCUAUCCUGUUGGGUUCACUGUGAGCUACGUCUGCCGCCCUGGUUAUGAGAACAUCUCAGAAAGCCAACCUACCAGCACCUGCCUUGAGAGCCUGACGUGGUCAGAGGUCCCGGAGUUAUGCCAGAGGAAAUCCUGUGGUCCCCCAGAGGCCCCACCUGCAGGGAGGAUCCUCCAACCCACAGAUUUUCUGUUUGGCACACGUGUGAACGUGCUCUGCAAUGAGGGGUACCAACUCCACGGGAGGAAUUUCAUCCGUUGUUGGCUUAAAGGAGAUGACGUUGAGUGGAGUGAACUUCCAACCUGUGAACUAAUCACCUGCUCUUCACCUCCUCGGAUCAGCAACGGGAGGCACAAUGGUGAAGGUGUAGAAAAGUUUGCUUACAACUCAACAGUGACCUACAGCUGUGACUCUGGCUUCCAGCUCAUUGGGAAUGUGAGCAUCCGUUGUACGAGAGCAGAGAAUGCAAGAGGGGUCUGGAGUGGAGCAGUGCCCCGAUGUAAAGAGAAAAGCCUACCUGUCAAACUUGGAAUAAAACCCAUGGAAAGGAGUCCUCCUCCCCAGAGUUCCCAGAGACGUGACCUCAAACCACCCAAGAAGACUUUCACAAUGGAAAUGAAAAUGAGCCUCUAUAAGAAGUCACUCCAAAACACCAACUCCUUCUCCUCCUCUUCUUCGUUCUCCAGGAAGCCAGGGAGCUGUGCCACCUCAGCUCUCAAAUUUGUGAUGCCUCUGUACAAAACCCAAAGCUCCUUCUCUCCUGGAACCCACAAGCAAUCUCCGUGUUCUCCCAAGUAUCGCAGCAUCUCUGCUGUUUUCCCCAAGGCUGGCUGCUCUGAAAACACGUGGUGGUCUAAAGCUGCAGCAUUUUGUGGAAUUAACACUGUGUUGUUCCACCCCAGAAAGGUCGUGGGCAGCCAGGAGAACCAGGACCUGGCAGAAGUGCUGCUAUCACCGAUUUCCCAUCCGCUGCAAAAGGCUCUUUUACCUGUAGGAGUGGCGAGUGUCGGUUUGGAAACAGCUGCAAAGCAGGAAAUGAGUUUGGAUGAACGCAGCCGCUCCGACCCGGCCGUGACCCAAAGCAGAUCCCUGACACAUCCCAGCCACAGGGAAACCCGACUGCAGGCACUGAGCUCUCCCUGUGUGCCUGCACACACUGUCCCAAUUCAGUGGUGUACCAUGGCCUAAACACCCUGUUUUCUAUUUCUAUUUAAAAGAAAAUGGCACUGUAAGUAUAAACCACCUAAAUCCGUCACUGCGCUCUGCUCCUGAGGCACCUCCUGCGGUUGUGAUUCUUCAGACUCACUUAUUUUCCUUUGGCACAAGGAAGUCAUGCCAGCCUCGCCUCACAGCCAUCCAUGAAGGAUGUUUUUCUACAUUGUGAUGUGCUUGAAUGUUCCCAGGAUGAAAAUGAUGGGCGCCAGCGUUGGCUGAUUGCCACAGCUGCCUCUCCAUCGGAGAUGUUAGAAGUUCACAGAAUCAUAGAAUGGCCUGGGUUGAAAAGGAUCACAAUGAUCAUCUGAUUUCAACCCCCCUCACUAUGUGCAGGGUCACCAACUGCCAGACCAGGCUGCACAGAGCAGUUAGCUCUAAGCUCACAAAUCCACUCAUCAAUCCCUCUGAGCAGAGCAGGCUGUGGUUUCCCCAACCCUCUUUAUGCUGUUUGCAGAAUUUCGGUCAGAUCUCCUUGGUGUCACAAUCUUUUACAGUCAGAAUUUCCCCCCCCCUUUCCCUUCCCACCUAUUUCCUUACUCGUUAGCAACACAAACUGCUGCCACAGCAGUUGGCACAAACACAGAGGCACAGGGGGAGCCCCCAGAGGAGACUCAGAUACCCACAUGCUGCCUUGGCUGCAGCAGCCUGGGGAUGUCAUGGCUGUAGUGCAACCCGAGUGCUGCCUUCCUCCAUCGCCCUCCUGUUAGGAAACCGCAGCACUUUGCACAAGAAAUUAAAUACUGGCCUUUUGAUCUUUGGCACUGUAAGCACUUUCACUGGCAAAAGCUUUUUGUUGUUGUUGUAUCAAGUGUAAUUAUUAUUAUUAUUUUUUUUUUGCCACUUAUAUUUCCAUUGAGACUACAGGAAAGCUAACAGCCACAAGCAUUGUUCUCAUGUCAUCACACUGCAACAGAGAAAAGCAGAAAUGUCAGUGUUACAUCAUUAGCUGCCAUCUCUGUCCUGUUCUGUGCUGUAACUGCCUUAUAGUUGGGUGCCUGGGUCUUUAUAUACAGUUCAUAAUAAAUGAUGGCUGUUUCUGAGUGCUAGCUUGUGAGUUCAGCUGCCCAGUUGUGUGCAUUUUCUGUUCUGUUCUUGGCUUUUGGAGACAUCUCGACAAGGUGAGCAAUUCUUUGUCUUCACCCCUCCAUAUUUACCUCUGAGUUUGAUUCUGAUGCAAGUUUAGUUUCUGAGAAGUGAAGCAAGAAAGAAAA